UCGAUCUUGGCAUUGGCAUUCUUCAAAUUUUUUUUAUUUUUAACGCGGCGCGUUUCUAUAACAAUGAACUUUUUAAGUAAUAGCAACACGGUACAUGUGGAAGUACGCCUGCACCGAUGCGAACAGCGAAUGCAAACGCUUCAAGCCGAAAUCGAACCGCAGUUAGACGCGUACUUAAAAUCGCUAAAGACUCUGCGUUGGAAUUUAGCUUUUGAUGCGAGCGCACACAUUCCAGCCAUUCAAAGUAUACUACUGGAGAAAGACACUGGUGAAAAUGGAAUCGUGAAGUUGGAUAAUAGGUUAAAACUUUGCUACCAUUAUUAUAUGACGCAGCGCCCUGAGUUGCGAUCAGGCGGUGGGUUUUUUGAUGGAGAAGGCGAUGUGAAUCCCGAUGAUUUGGAUAGCGUGAUUUCUGCCAAUCAUGUUUUGUUACCUGCCAGUGAGUUUGUUGGCCUUUGGGAUAAUUUAAUCUACGAGGAAGGGCUGAAGGAAAAGUUGCUUAAGUUCGCUCUGUCCGCCUUGAGUUUCUCGCAACAUAAUGUGGACUCGAAUGUGAUUGCUUGUAAUAGAUUGUUGCUAUUGCACGGACCACCCGGCACCGGUAAGACGAGUCUGUGUAAGGCGCUCGCUCAAAAGCUGGCUGUCAGGACGCAAAAGAACUAUGCUUAUACACACCUUGUGGAGAUUAAUAGCCAUAGCCUGUUCUCCAAGUGGUUCUCGGAAAGUGGCAAAUUGGUUGCUCGCCUUUUUGGCAAAAUAGGUGAACUUGUUGCGGAUAGAAAUAAUUUGGUCUGCGUGCUCAUUGAUGAGGUGGAAUCUCUGGCAUAUCAACGCAGUGCGAUGAGUAGCAAUGAGCCUCGCGAUGCAAUGCGAGUAGUUAAUGCGGUGCUUACCCAGUUGGAUGACAUCAAGGACUGUCCGAAUGUGCUCAUUCUAGCAACAUCGAACUUGGCACAUAGCAUAGAUCUAGCCUUCUUGGAUCGUGCAGAUAUACGUCAGUAUAUAGGGCUGCCGGCUAUAUCAGCCAUUGUCUCCAUUUACAAGUCUAUGCUAACGGAGCUGAUGGCCAGGGGCAUUGUGCGAACAGAGCCUUUGGAAAGAGGUCAGGAGGACUCAGAGGAUCUAAUCAGCAGCCUGGCGGAGCGCAGUGUUGGAUUAAGUGGACGCACUCUGCGUAAAUUACCGCUUUUGGCACAUGCUCAGCACACAAGCCGAGAUCUCUUUCAGGUUGACCAGAAGAUAACUCUAUCGGAUUUCCUGGAUGCAAUGCUGCUAGCCUUGGAGCAGUUGCUGGCUGAAAAACAACACCUAAAGCUAGAGACAUAUUCACCAGACAUGGCAUGACAAACACCAAGCUUAGCAAACGCGUCAUCCACAAGACAAACACAAUAAUUUUUAUGAUUCCUCUUCUAC